GGAACUGCAAAGAAUUCCGGCCUCUAAUGGGCUUAACCUCUUUGCUGAAGCGCUAGUACGAACCGUGCAUACAUUAGAAGCAUCGUCUUGAAACCCUCGGUGGUGCGAAGCCAACAGUCGUCUCGUCUUAAACGGACACAGUUCUUAUUUCUUCGCCUGCGUAGCACCAAACUGAGAGACAGGAGAAAUGGGAUCUCGAUUCGCUCUCAUUCUCGCCUUGAUCGCGAUUCUCUGGACAUCUGUUUUCUCCGACCUCAUCAUCUCCAAGCUAGAUCGACGAAUUGAUUUGACUUCACAUGUUGUACGUGUCUCUUCAACACUAAAGGUGGUGAACGAGGGACCUCAUGCGGUGUCAGAUGUUUUAUUGUCCAUUCCUGAUUUCCAGGCCAAAAACUUGGCAUAUUUGUCAGCAUCAUGUAAUGAAGGAAAAGGAAAAACAAAAGGUUCUAUUGUCAAUCUCCCUGUUGAAGCCGUUCAGCCUGGAGGAAUGCCCCCAAAUUUGACAGUCUAUUCAGUGUCUUUACUCAAGGGAUUGGGGAAGAGUGAAAGUUUAUCCCUGGAUGUGUUGGCAGUAUUUACCCAUUCUCUAGAGCCAUUCCCAGAGGAGAUAACUCAAGCUGAUACGCAGCUUGUCUUGUUCCAGGACAGUGCUGUCUAUCUUUCUCCUUAUCAAGUUACAGUCCAAUCACUCAGUGUUCGAUUACCUAGUGCAAGAGUUGAAUCAUACACGAAACUUCAGAAUACCAAGCUUGUAGAUUCAGAGAUAAAAUAUGGGCCAUAUGAGAGUCUUCCUCCCUUCUCAUACAACCCUGUAGUUAUUCAUUUUGAGAAUAAUCGACCUUUUGCAGUGGCACAGGAGUUGAUACGAGAGAUAGAAAUUUCACAUUGGGGCAAUGUGCAGAUCACAGAGCAUUACAACCUUGUCCAUGGAGGUGCUCGCAACAAAGGGGGAUUUUCCAGAAUUGAGUAUCAAGCUAGACCUUCUGUAAGAGGGGCAUCAUCUUUUAGGCAUUUGAUUGCAAGAUUGCCACCGAGAGCUCAUUCUGUUUAUUACAGAGAUGAAAUUGGCAAUGUUUCUACAUCACAUCUAUGGGGUGAUUCCAGAAAGACUGAACUGGAAAUUGAACCUCGGUAUCCAAUGUUUGGUGGCUGGAGAACAUUGUUUACAAUUGGCUAUGGCUUACCACUCCAAGACUUCUUAUUUGUGUCAGAGGGAAAGCGUUUACUUAAUAUCUCCUUUGGUUCCCCCAUGGAUGAAGUAGUCAUUGAUGAUCUGAUUGUGAAGGUUGUGUUGCCUGAAGGGUCGAAAGAUAUUUCUGUUUCUGCUCCAUUUCCUACAAAACAAUGGGAGGAGAUAAAGUACUCCCAUUUAGAUAUUAUUGGGAGGCCUGUGGUUGUGCUGCACAAGAAAAAUGUUGUGCCAGAACAUAAUGUUCAUUUUCAGGUCUAUUACAAGUUCAACAACCUAUCAUUACUUUGGGAGCCAAUGAUGCUCAUUUCUGGAUUCUUCUUUCUGUUUGUUGCCUGUAUUGUAUAUGUGCAUUCUGAUAUAUCAAUCUCCAAGUCCUCUGCAUCUUACCUGGCUAAACUGCAGUGGGAAGAGGUGCAAGCAACAGUUCAGCAGGUCCAGAAUGUCAUUAAUCGCUGUUUAUCUGUCCAUGAUAAGCUAGAGGCAUCAUUACAUGAUCUUUCUAGGAUGGGAGAUGUUCAAGCUUGUAAAGCAGCUCGUAAAGCUGCCGAUGGGUUGUUGAAAGAAUAUGCAAAAGAGUUGAAGCCCUUGCUGGUGUUCUUGCAAUCAUCUCCACAGGCUGCCCAUAUACUGCCUAAGGUGGAGGAGUUGGUCGCGAAGGAGAGAGAGAUGCAAGAGAGGCUUAUGCUGAAGCACUCAACAGUGGUUGAAUGCUACGAGAAGAAAUCUGGUGGACGGGAGAUAGAGAACCGUGUCGCUUCCCACCAGCAGAAGCUCACAGCCUUACGGCAUGAGGUUGAUGAUCUUCUUGACACCGUUGAUGAGAUCUGAUGGGCCCACCCAUCCAGUUAUUUAGAUUGGACAGUCUUUUUCCAUCCUUGCCACCUCUAUGCCGUGUUGGGAAAUGUUUACACCAGAAUUUUGUUUUCUAUUAUAGAGUACUCAAGAGAUAAUGCGUAGGAAUUUAAGUGAUUGAAAAAAGUGAAAAUUACUACAUGGACGUGGACAAACAUAGUUUGAGCUGUCCAUUUUCAAAGGAAAAUAGUUCUUCAAUCCUUUGAAGAAUUCCAGUGGGGGAGAUUUCAGGUGUCCUACAAACAAGGUUAGGCCCAUCAUAUAAAUGGUUUGGAUCUUUACUAAUGUCAUGAUGUCAAAUGCUAAUAACUUCCCUUUAUUAUGUA